UGGGUCUAGGGCUUAGUGAUCGUCCUGGGUGAUCAAGGUGUUGAGCGCAGGGAUGAGGCCCGGAUCUCGGCGUCGGCGCUGGCAUUUUGGGAUACUGCAUUCUAGUAGCAGCGAACAGUGUUGAUUCGGGCAAAUGCAGGGAGCUGCGUCGGCUGCGCCACAGGCGGAGGCGAUCCUGGCAUGGCUGCAAGAGGAGAUCGGCUACAGAUCGGCUGGGGAUCACGCAUUGCCGUCGCCCGAGGCGCUGCGGCGGCUGUGCCGCGGAAAUAUGCUGCCCGUGUGGAAGUUCUUGGUGGAGAGGGUGAAAUCCGACAAGACGGUGGAGACUGUGCGGCGGAACAUCCUCGUACAUGGCGGGAGCAGUGGCGCGGCGGAGGAGAGUGGCGAUGGGAAAGCCAGGGAGGAGGGCGGCGCCGCUGCCACCACCAAGGCCGGGAAGAAGAGAGGCGAUGGGAAAUUCAAGGGGAGGGGCGAGAAGACCCCCGCUGCCGCUGCCAAGGAGGAGAAAGAACGCGAGAGCAAGGCUCUGGAGGGCGAUGAUUCGAAGGAGCGAGCUCUCGCGGAGAGGGAUUCCGCGGAGAAGGAGGUGGAGAGAUUGAAAGGUGUGAUGGCGCGGCUGCAAAAGGACGUGAAGAGCAGGAUGCUGGAUCUCUCUCGCGAGGAGGGCGAGCGCCAGCGAGUUCUGGAUGACAAGUUUAAUUCGAGGCACAAACAAGUCCAGCUUGAAUCGUUCGAUCAGCGAUGCGAGCAGACUGUGCGGAUCUUUGCCGAGUACCGGCGAAGAUUGGCAAGGUAUGUCGACCGUGCUCGAGAGGCACAAAGAGGGAAGCUUGCGGAGUCCAAGAAAGAGCAGGACACAGUGUAUGCAACGUCGAUCAAAGGUGACGAUCAGAUCCUCAUAGAGACUGCGCAGGAAAGGAGUAUAAGAAAGGCAUGCGAGCUGCUAUCGUCACAGCUUACUGAGAAGAUCACGCUCUCGUUUCCCUCGUACGAAGGACGAGAGAGCCAAGGUGACGCUCAGGCCACCGAGGUUGCAAAGCUCGGGUUUGAUGAUGGAGAAGGCAUGGCUGAGGAUAUCAGGGAGGCUGCACUGAGCCUCUUGAAGAAUCCAACGCAGCUCUUGCGGGCGAUGGCGACUUAUACUGCUCGAAUCGUUGCUUUGAUCACCAAAGAAACGGAGAGGAUCGACAUCCGAGCGGACGCAGAGAAGCUGAGGUACAAGUACGAGAACAACGAAAUAGUGGAUGAUUUGUCCACUGAGCCAGAAGAUUCACCACUUGGGAAGAAGCUUAGCGGUAAAGUUGGAUUGGAGAUGUCUAAUAGGAGAACGAAUUGGCAGAUUCGCGAGAGACAGAAAGCUCAUGUUCAGCAGUUUAUGGCAACGGAAGAAGCAUUGAACGAAGCUGCGGAGGCCAAAGCUGCAAGCGACAAGUUAAUCAAGUCGCUCACUGGUGGAACGGAGCUCGACUACGUCCAGAACGAGGGAGGGCUUCGCCAACUGGAGUGCGAGGUGUGGGCCAAGGAGCGGCAGUUAGCUGGUGUCAAGGCAAGCGUAGCGACACUUACGUUGGAGGUUCAACGUUUGAAAAAGCUAUGCGAAGAAAGAAAACAAGCGGAGGAUUCCCUGAGGCAAAAGUGGAAAAGAAUCGAGGAGUUCGACGCCCGCCGCAGGGAGCUGGAAUCUGUUUACACGGCGUUGAUCCGAGCUAAUAUGGCAGCUGCUGCUGCGUGGGAGCAACAUCCGGCCGCAGCAUUCGAGCAUUCUGCCAACACAAUACUUCCUGUCUGUAAUAUGGUACAAGAGAAGACCGUGGGUGCUCAGGACCUCUUAGAAAGAGAAGCCACCAUUUUUCAGAGAAGCCCGGACAACCGGCUGUAUAUGCUGCCUGUCACACCUCAGGCACUCGUUGAAGCCAUGGGAAUCAGCUCUAUGCUAGGCCCUGAGGCGAUAGCGGCAGCGGAGAGAAAUGCCGACAUGGUUGCUGCCAGAGCUGGUGCAGGCGACCCUUCAGCGAUGGCGUCAAUCUGCCGGAUAGCUGCAGCAUCACAAUACUCGCAAGGAGCUGAAGCACAAGAUGCUGGCAUGAUAGCCAUUGUGGAAGCGCUGAGGUUCUGUCUCAAGCCUUGCUCUUCUCCGGCGAGCCUUCUGGAAAACCUGGCGCGCUCCAUCAACUUGGUUCAGACACUGAGAGAUCUCGUUGGCAGCGGACGAGCUCUUUUGACAGCAGCAAACAUCUCCAGACCCGACUACGAAAAAACUGCGAACGCGUGUGCUGUGACAACCAAAGAGCAGGAGCUCAUUGCUCUCGAGGAAUGGUUACCGAGUCUCAAGCACGCGGUCCUCGAAGCGCACAAGUGCCUGGAAGAUUGCCAUCGAGUUCGCGGCCUGGUGAACGAGUGGUGGGAGCAGCCAGCUGCAACCGCGGUGGAUUGGAUCACGGUCGAUGGCCAAAACGCUGCUGCCUGGCUCGCUCACGUCAAGCAGCUCCAAAACGCCUUCUAUGAAAAGCAGCUGCUGUGACGAGAUUUGGAUGGGAAGAAGUGCUCUUCCUUCUGUAAAGCUCUACGCCGUGUUGGAAGUACCACCGUUGCCACGUAAGCAUUAAAAACCGUUGCGACCUUAUUGGGGAA